AUGCAUGUUUUAGUGUUACUUCUUCUUAUAGUUGAAUGUUGGAGUUGGGGUAAUAUAAAUGUAGUAAUUGAUGACAAAGGAGGAUACAAUAUUACUAUUGGUCGUCGAGUUUGGCUUCGUUCAUCUCGUACAGCUAUAUACGUCGAUAACAAAUGGUAUUCAUCCGAUGACAAUACACUACCAUUAACUGACAUCAGUUAUACAAGUGGUUUUGAUCCAAAUCUCGGUGAUUAUCGAGAUUUUCAAUUAAACUAUGAUCUUGUUCGCGAUGGAAUACAUACGAAAAUCGUUGGUCACAUACGCGAUUGGUAUCGUGCUUUCGGAAUUUCGUUUCAUUUAGAUACUGGCGAUCGACCUUUGACGAAUACCGUCCCUCUUGACAUGGACCAUGUUUGCACAGUUUUUCCAUCGUUUCAUAUUGAACAAAUCGAUCAAAAUGAUCAACGAGGUUAUUUUACAUUCGAAGGAGGAAUGUCCGGUAAUGAUGGUAAACAUGCAGGUUGGUGGAAUUCAUCCAGUAAAGUCAUUCAAUCAGGAAUGCAAAGUGGUCCUGUUGUUCUUUUUAAUCUGACUGAACAAGGAGAAGGUGAUAUGUUAGUUCUUUCAACAUUUUCUCAAUUUAUGGCCACUUCAUUAAGUCAAACGAAGAGCAACAUAUUAGAAUUUGGUGUGAUGGGUUCAAUGUUAUCAAUACCAGCUAAUUAUACUCAUUCCAUGGUGGUUUUUUAUGCAUUAAAUGGUAUCAAUGAAGGAAUAAGAGAAUGGGGUCAAAUCAUGCAAAGCGAAUAUACUCGAACGAAUCAACAUCGUCUAUCUGAUGUUACGAUCAAUUAUCUUGGAUACUAUACCGAUAAUGGUGGUUAUUAUUAUUAUAAUACAGAAAAAGAAAUAAAUUACGAAGAAACUAUGGUUAAUGUUCGUCAUCAAAUUUCACUUCCAUUCCGUUAUAUGCAAUUUGAUUCGUGGUGGUAUUAUAAAGGUAUGGGCAAUGGUGUUUCUCAGUGGACAGCUCGUCCAGAUAUUUUUCCUGAUGGUCUUCAAACUGUACAUCGUCGAUUAGAAAAUAUUUCGCUCGCAGCACAUAAUCGCUAUUGGGCAUAUGAUACUGUUUAUAAACAAAAUUAUUCUUUUGUUCUUGAUGAAAGUAAUAAGAAAGCAUUACCAAUCGGAAAUGAUUCAUUUUGGAUUGAUUUAUUUACUCAAGCACAUGAUUGGGGUCUUAUUCUUUAUGAACAAGAUUGGCUUGAUCGUCAAACAAUUGAUUUUUUACCAACACGGACUGAUAUUAAUCUCGGACAUCAAUGGCUAAUGUCAAUGGGUUCAGCAGCAGACAAAAUCGGACUAAAUAUACAGUAUUGUAUGAGUUUACCACGUCAUAUUCUCAGUGCAUUACAAAUUCCACGUGUAACUCAAGCACGAGCAUCAACUGAUUAUGCUUUACAUCUUGAUGGUAAAGCACAACAAUGGACUAUAGGAAUAUCGAGCAUGUUUGUUGAUGCUAUUGGUUUGGCACCAUUCAAAGAUGUGUUCUGGUCCACCUCAUUACAACCUGGAUCUCCUUAUAAACCAAAUGCUAAAGAAGUACUUCCAGAACGAGAAAUACUUAUUGCGACUUUAUCCACAGGACCUGUCAGUCCUGGAGAUGGUAUUAAUUAUACCAAUACACAACAUAUCAUGAAAUGUUGUCGUGGAGAUGGUUUGAUUUUGAAGCCAGAUCAACCAUUGACUAUGAUUAAUAGAUUAGUAUCGGACUGGGCUUUUUAUGAUGGUGUCUCACAAGGUGAACUUUAUUCAACAAGAACAAAUAUACAUGGUCAAAUAUUCUAUACCAUCUUUGCAUCCGCGAUGAAACAAGAUUAUUUAGUUUAUCCUUCUAUGAUUGGGGCUCAACCAGGAGUGAUCUGGUCAUAUGAUAAUCCAACAGCAGUAUCAACUUUCGAUGAUGAUCAUCCUCUAAAUGUUUCAACUGCUAAAUGUCAUGAUUUAUCAAUAUGUCUUUGUUUAGAAAAACAAAUGGCAAAUACUUCAAUUCCAUUCCGGCUUUCACCAUGGAUCGAUUAG